AGGUCUCUGUCUACUGACAGCGCACAUCUCGCGCAUCAUCCUCAUCAUUUUGCGGAAACGGAGGUGCACGGGUGUGUUCGCAGGGUCAGGCCGAGGUGUCGCCGCUCGGAAGCUCCAUCGUAGCGCUCUCCUCUCCCGCGGCUCGUCGCGCUCGCAUUGCAUGUGACCCGUCCGUCGCUGCGCGGAGCUCCUGCGCGCACUCGGGACCCCAGCGAUCGCAGAUCAAUACACUUGACUUAAUCGAUUCAUCAGCUGAUCGUCGGGCUACCAUGACAUACUGCUGCCAGCCGGUCUCAUCAGACUUCACUCCAAUGGAGAGGAUGGAGAUCGAAAGUAUCAGAAUGCAUAAGGUGGAUCUGUUGCACGACAUCGAGAAGUUGAAAAUGGAGAUCGAGAACGUCAUGGCAGAAAUUCAGGAUUUCGAGACAGCCGAGGAGAAUAAAACUAUCGAGAAGGGUAAGCAGUUUGCAAGGGGCAAGAAGAAAUUCAACAUGGACCCUAAAAAGGGCAUGCGAUAUCUUGUGGAUAAUAAGCUCCUGGACUGGAAGCCCCAGAAUGUGGCUGAAUUCUUGUACAAAGAGGAAGGCCUGAACAAGACGGCCAUAGGGGACUUCCUGGGAGAGAGGGAUGAAAUGAACAUUGAGAUUCUGAAAGCCUUUUUGGAACUCCAUGAGUUUUCCGACCUCAAUUUGGUUCAGGCUUUGAGACAGUUCCUGUGGAGUUUCCGACUCCCUGGAGAGGCCCAAAAAAUCGACCGCAUGAUGGAAACCUUUGCUAUACGCUACUGUGACUGCAACCCCAACAUGUUUCAGUCCACAGAUACCUGCUACAUCUUGUCCUUUGCUAUAAUUAUGCUGAAUACAAGCCUGCACAACCCAAAUGUGAAGGACAAGACCACCCUUGAGCGCUUCAUCAGUAUGAACCGUGGCAUCAACAAUGGUGGGGAUCUACCCAGUGAGCUGCUGACGAAACUUUAUGAAAGCAUCCGAAGUGAACCUUUCAAAAUCCCUGAGGAUGAUGGGAAUGACCUGACUCACACCUUCUUCAAUCCUGACCGAGAGGGCUGGCUACUCAAACUUGGUGGCCGAGUGAAGACCUGGAAGAGAAGGUGGUUUAUUCUAACAGACAGCUGCCUUUACUACUUUGAGUAUACCACUGACAAAGAGCCCAGAGGCAUCAUUCCACUUGAGAAUCUGUGUGUGAGAGAAGUGGUCUGUCCACGCAAACCAUACUGCCUGGAGCUCUACAACCCCAACAGCAAGGGGCAGAAAAUCAAAGCGUGCAAAACAGAGACUGACGGCCGAGUCGUGGAGGGCAAGCACCAGUCCUACAUGAUUUCUGCAGCCACGGCUGAGGAGCGGGAUGAGUGGAUUGAGUCCAUCAGGGCAAGCAUCACCAGGGACCCUUUCUACGAUCUAGUGAGCGUACGCAAGAAGAAAGUCAUUAAUAAUGUGCCCCAGGAUCGAUGAGGAUUUCCACUGCGGAUCAUUGAUUGUUCUGCACUAGCCAGAGGAUGACUGGAGGGGUUUGGGGUAAAAGGGGUGGAGCUAUGUUAGCCCAAUGAGGUCACUGCAGUUCGAACUGAAGACGGUUGAUGACAACUAAGCUGUUAAUACAGCCUCAGAACAGCAGGACAAUGGCUGAGAAAAGCCUGCAAGUAUCUCUUGAUGCUGUCAGAGAGUUGU